GUAAGCUCUGCAUAUCGCUUUGCAUAUUUGCUGAUCCUCCACUAUUACGGAAGUACCUGACCAAAGACUCAUGUAAUUGGAGACCUGUCUUGAAAAGCCAGCCAUUGGGCUUGUUGAUCUUGCUCAAGCAUCUUGUUCGUUGCUACUUUCGAUUGGGAUAGUCUGAAAUACAAUUGUGAAUUACAAGAACUUAUUGCGCUUGGGCUGGCCUGGAACUGUGAAGGACCGGUCCUCGAGUUGUUCAUUGGGUGUUCCUUGGGAUUAGUGAGAGAUGCUUUGCCAAAAACUGCCCUCCUUCGACGAGUUCCUUUGAAACUGGACGGAGUGACUUGGAUUCGCAGUUUACUUUUGAGCUCAGAACAUCCUCGAUUUAAAAUAAUGAGUAUCAUCCGCAAGGAAAUUGCGGCCAAAUGUGAAUUCACAAUCUUUGACGUUGUUCUCAAGCCCAAAUCGAAUCGAAUAUCUCCAGAGCUGCCAUUAAAUGUCAAAGUCAGUGAAGUUCCGAUUAGAUCAUCACAAUCGUCACUUGGUGACGUCCAGUAAAGAGUAUGAUUCGGCUUCAUUUUCCUCGGCCGAUGGAUCCUAUAGCUUGGAAUGGAGCCCACCCGAAACCAUCGGAGCUCCGGUUACUCUCUAUUCCAAUAAUAAAGAGGAUAAAAUCCAGAAUAAGAUGUGGACCAUUCAAUUGAUUGGCACGUUCCCGUCCAAUCCAGGUGAUCUCAAAGAAGUGAUCUUGGGCAAGAAGGAGCUCGAUCUCGGUCAUCAAUACAAAGAAGAUUGCUCUCGAUUGGGCAUGAUCACGUUACUGUCUUCGGAUUCCAGUGAUUAUGAAUGUCAAGUGAGAUUGCGUUUGUCUGUGGAUAUCCUGGACGACGUGGAUGGGGAUCAUCCACCGAAACAACGGACUAUUCGGAGAAUUCCGCAGAUUAUUGUUGAUGACAAGAAGCAUGCAUGUGUACUUUUGCUGGGAACAACGGGCACGGGCAAGACGAGCACCAUGAACAUCUACACGGGCAAUAACUUGCCCACAGGCAGUGACGCCCAUUCCGUCACCUGUGAAACUGUGUUCUGUAAGGAUCUUGUUCACUCCCAGGGCGUGGCUUGGAUCGACAAUCCGGGAUGGUCGGAUACAGAGGGACGGUCGGAUGCGGCCGUGUUCAAGACGCUCUUGCGGUUUCUUCAGAGAACCGAGUCGUACAAUAUUCAAGCUGUGAUUUGGAACGUGCUCCCUCAACCCCGGAUGGAUUCAACUCUCCAACGGCAAGCCGCAUUCAUCGACAUGUUCACGGUCGAUGAGGCCAAGGGCAAAAUUUGGACCAAGGUCAUCAUCGUGGCCAAAGGGGGCAAGCAACCCGAGGAAGAUUGUCUAGGCGCCAAGAUGGCCGCCAAAAAGCAAUUCGUCCAUGCCGAGCCCACGUGUUUGUCGUAUGAAUUUGUCACGCCAGAAAUCCUCAAAGGCACCUCCGAAGAACUUCGAACGGAACAGCUCCGGAUGCUCACCAAUCUGGAGAUUCGCAAAGAGUUGGAAACGGCCAUCGAAGAUCUCGGACCCGAUCCUGUGCAAGUUGUGUUUGCCAAUCAAAGAUGCGAGGAUUGUGGACAGACCGGAGAUCCAAGAUUGAUGGACGACCGAUGCCAUAAGGAACGGGUUCUGGGUCAUAUUGGUCAGCUAGAACAAAGGUUUCCCAAAGCUGUUGUGGCCGCAUCUAUUGCCGGAAGUGUUCUGGGAGCCAUUGGCCUGGGAGCCGCCUCCACAGUGGCACCAGGGGCCGAGGUGGCCUUGGCUGGCCUACCCAUGGUCCUGGCUCCCGGUGCCGUUUGCUCCACUCACCGCCUUCUCAACUCAGAGUCCCAAGAGGAAGGCGGUCUUUGUGUCAAAAUCCACGAUAUGAGGUGGUCGUGUUGUCGGAAAGGCGAAAAAUCCACGGGCUGCACCUUCAAAUGCUCGUGCGGCUUGAUUUGGGGCAAUAGCCCUCCGUGCAUUCUCAUCAAGCAUCCCGAUCCCAAUGCUGCCAAAGCCAUGUCGGAGUAUGAAGUGUUCAAGAAAGAGCACACCCUCGUGGACAUCAAUAUGGUCGUAUCGGGCUAGAUCAAUAAUGGUAUGAUAUUCGUAUGUCAUGUUCGUAAACAUAAUUGAUUUAUUAGAAAUUUCCAUGUCCAUAUUCAUGUCUCUGAUCUGUUCUUAUUGACGCAAUACUAAGAAAAACGUCCUUACUCUCA